AUGCGCAGAGAUCUGCCCUACUCGAAUGGAACAAUUUCUCAGUUGGACGUCACCUCAUUGACAACGACCGAGUCGACUAGUCCCACAUCGACCUCAGCAGUCUCAACGGGCGCUUCGUCCAGCAUUGAUCCAACUGCCUCAUCAGCCGUGCCACUGAGCACAACUCCGAGUCCUUCAAUAUUGCCACCACCAAUCCCCCCAUCACUAUUCGGUCCCAGUAAUCCAAGCGAUACAAUCCUCUCCAGCACAACAUGGUCCUCCACGGUACCAACAGUCACUUCCAGCACCACGCCUUUCACAGAUACAGUCACUUCUGCCUCGGGCCCUCCAAACGUUCCUUCUCAAGUUCUGCCACCAGACUACGACCCAGGCCAUACGUACGAUCCAGCUUCCUUCAGCUCAGUUUUGAGUCCUUCGGCGAUUUCUCCACCGCUUCCCCCAGUGGAUGUCGACUCAGGUGACUCUGGUUCGACUUUCUCCAGCUACGUACCAACAAUAGCUGCGCCUAGCACAGACUUCGGUCCUCGAAUCACCCCUCCACCACUGCCUUCAUCGCAUUGCGAUUCGCACGACCCAGACUGUUCCCCAAGCUCCCUCAGCAUUUCCAUUCCCUUCAUAUCUGCACCAACCUUCAGCGACUCCAGCAUCACGACCAACUUGUCGGAAUUUACCAUUUCGAGCAGACCCCCAUUGAAGACUCCACCAAGAUUACCUUCGUUUACAGGCAUUUUCACGAACUAUUCGACAUCCGUCGAUCUGAACGCCACGACGCCCUCAACCACCUGUACUGGCUCGGUCACUUACUAUGGUUCGGUUCCUCCUACCGUCUAUGUUACUGUCACGGAAGGUUUUGAUGUCACUGUGACCGCCAGUAAUGUUUCCGUGACCGAUACCCCGACGCUGGUCACUCCUUUACCGGCCUGCUCAGCAACGAUCAUGCCCUUAGACCAGUCGUUCGUUCCACUCAUGAGCACUGUCCCUUCAACCAACACCAAUCCUAAGGUUCCGCUCGUCGCAACCGCAUCGAGCCCCUUCAAUGCACCUCCUCUUCCACCUAACGCGACACCUGCCAUUGCUCCGGCUCCUCCAGACUCUCCGUUCGGGGCCCCGGCGCCUGCAGCUUCCUCCGAAGUCUAUUCUAGUGUCGAUUAUACCAGCACUGUUGUUGUCACCAAAAAGACUCCAGUGACUGUGGUUGUGCCACCGACGACCUCCCUGGACAUCAAUUUCAAUUUCCCGUCUCAGACCCCGACUCCCUCCCCGAAUAGUGGCGGUGGAAUUAACGAUGGCUCCGGCGGUAACAAUGGUGGGAGCAACAAUAACAACAACAACAACGGGGAGAGCAGUGGUGGCAGUGACAAUGAUCAGCCCGGCAAUGAGGGGAGCAAUGGUAAUACUGGCGGCGGUAGUGGUGCGAGCAAUGGUGGCAGUGGGAACACUGCAUCUUCAUUGCCUGAUGUCUUUGCUUCUAUCAAAAGUCAGGGGUCGACUGGAGGGUCACACUUCGUCAAUACCGGCACACCAACGACAUUAGGGCUUGGUAACAUCAUUGCUUCGAUCAUCAAUUCACCCUUUGUAGCUCCCUCGCCAGCUACUCGCGCCCCAGUGCCCGCAGCCGCUCCUCUGACAACCUCGGUCGGGGGCGUACCUGUUGUCGUAUUGCCGUCAAACAGUGUGGCAAUCGGGAGUCAGACCUUCGCAAUACCCAAUCUGGCCUCCACUACGGUCCAGGUCUCUGGUGUCGUUUUCACCCUUCAGCCCUCUCAAAUCGUGGCUCCUUCCGCCACAAUCACGUUCGUCCAGCCUCAACGGGAGCAACUGCUGACCCCGGUGGCCACGGGCACGAUUACCACGACCGUGGGUGACUUGACACUUACCGUUGGACCCACAGCUGCGAUCAUAUCGGGAACGACGUACAGGAUUGGAUCAGGUGCGCCGGCCACUACCGUCGUUGUCGAUGGGACGCGCAUCUCGGUCGGCGCUGGCGGGGUUGGACUACCUAGCACAACUGUCGCUCCUGGUGGCGUCACUGGUACGCCUUUUGUGGUGUACACGACGGAGGGUUUGACGUUUUCUGUCGGGAGUACUGUGGCUAUUGUUGGUGGGACGACCUACCGCAUUGGCUCAAAUGCUCCUGAAGUGACUGCUACCCUCGGCGCCGAUCAUGUAACAGUGUCGUUCGGUCCCUUGGGAGUCGGGCUGACCAGCACUACCCUGGCGCCAGGCGGUUCACCGUUUGUGGUUGUUACUGCAGAAGGCUUGACAUUCUCCAUUGAUGGCACUGAAGCAGUUAUCAGCGGCACGACUUACCGCAUAGGGUCGAAUGCUCCUCAAGUGACGACGAGCCUGGGCUCCGGUCACGCGUCUGUUUCAUUUGGUCCCGGCGGAGUUGGCCUGAAGUCUACCACAAUCCAUCCUACCACGGCCGUGUCGCACUCGACACAGACGGCGAAGACUGGGUCAAAGGCAACAUCCCCCACAACCUCUGCAACGCAGUCGGCGGCUCUGGGCAGUGGUGCAUCAACCCAGGCUCGUGUCUCUGUCUCUGGCCUCUUUGGCUGGCCUUUGCUGGCCAUGCUUCUUCUCUUGCUUGUUAUCUAA